AUGCCGGAUGCUACAUCACCUACUGUACCCUAUCUAACAACACCUACCGUGCCCUAUACUAUAACACUUACCGUGCCCUGCCCUACAACACCUACCGUGCCCUAUGCUACCACAUUUACCGUGCCCAAUGAUACAACACCUACCAUGUCCUAUGCUACAACAUUUACCGUGCCCUGCCCUACAACACCUACCAUGUCCUAUGCUACAACAUUUACCGUGCCCAAUGAUACAACACCUACCAUGUCCUAUGCUACAACAUUUACCGUGCCCUGCCCUACAACACCUACCAUGUCCUAUGCUACAACAUUUACCGUGCCCAAUGAUACAACACCUACUAUGUCCUAUGCUACAACAUUUACCGUGCCCAAUGAUACAAUACUUACCGUGCCCAAUGCUACAACACCGACCAUGUCCUAUGCUACAACACCUACCGUGCACUGUGCUACACAAUCUAUUAUGCCAUUUGAUCAACCUCAGCCUCUGACUUGCCCAGCCAACAACCUCAUCGACACGGUAUUUGUGCUCCAGAACUUUUACAACCCAGCAGCCGACAAGUGGAACAGGCAGGUGCAGUUUGUUGUUGACGUCAUCGGCAGGUUCAAGCUUGGUGUGGGCAAUGCCAGGUUUGGUGUGGUCACCUACAGCAACUAUGUCGCAAAUCUACUGGACCUGUGGGGCCAAACAGACAUGGCCAGCAUCAACCAGACUAUAAAAGCUAGGACAGAUCUCAAUCUAAAGGACUACACGGACAAGGCGUUCAGCGCAAUAAAAAACUCGAACAUGUUUGGCUCCAGUGUGGCCAACAGGGAGAAGGCACGACGUAACCUAGUCCUUGUCACAGAUGGAAAAUCAUACGCCUUACAGCUAACUGUGAAUCUGGCCGAUUCGCUAAAGAAAAGCGGCAUACGCAUACUCACAGUGUGUUUGGGCACUACCUGUCCGUAUGACGAGAUGAGCAAGAUCAGCUCCUCUUACGCAGAUAUACUUCUAGUCAGCUACUUCGAACAGCUGGUUGGCGUGCGCAACGAUUUAGUGGAUAAACUCUGCACAGAUCCAAGCGCUGCACCCUCUACUGCGGCAGUUCCAACAACACCAAAGUCAAAUCUACAAGCAAGUCUUCUACCUCUGAGGUGUCCUAGACAGCAACAGGUCGACGUGAUCUUUGUCCUUCACUAUUCGGACAACGGCGGCGACAAAGUCAACAAAAUGGUACAGCUGGUUGUGAACACCGUCAAUGCAUUUUACCUCGGUCCCAACGACGCCAGGUUUGGAGUCGUAUCCAACAAACAAAAUGUUUACGCACUAAAGGACUUCAGAAAUUUCACAGACUCUGCUGCAGUUGAAAAAGAAUUAAAGGGGAACUCCGAUUUUAAGCCUGGUGAUUCUCUAGAUAAACCUUUGAAUGCGGUCGGCCAGUGGCAAAUGUUUGGCGAUAAACUGGCUAACAGGCAAGGGGCAAAAAAGUUUCUUGUGGUCAUCACAGAUAAGAAAUCUGCAUCUCUGAGUGAUACUCUGAAAGCAGCUGACGCAAUAAAGAAACAGAAUGUCAGUAUUCUGACAGUGGGUGUAGGUGAUGGCGUGCUGACGUCAGAGCUCAACGCUAUAGCCUCAAGUGUCGAUGACGUCAUCUUGUCAAGCACCGUCGACCUGCUGUCAAACUUGAAGAACAAGCUGGUUAACAGGCUUUGUAAAGUGUCUACAGCAGAAACUGGGAAGAAGGCUGAUGUGAUCCUAGUGACGGAUACAUCUGGAAAUGUCAACGGAGCAGCUUACCUGUGGCAGCAGGGGAUAUUAGCUUUACUGACACAGAACUUCACUCUCGGACCAAACGACUUCCGGUUUGGUGCUGUUUCCUUCAGUGACGACGCUCGCAAAGAAUUUGAUCUGAAUACCUAUUCAAAUAAUAGUUUACUGUACCAGGCAAUCCGUGACAUAAUGCUCAUACAUUCCGGCUCCUACCUGACCAAAGCCUACGACCUGAUCGUGAAAGAGGACAUGUUCAGCUCAACUAGAGGCGGUAGGGACUUCACCAACAAGUUUGUGGUGACCAUUACAGGUGGACAAGUGCAAGACCCGGAUGCAGCUGCUCAAUCAGCUAACGUCCUGAGGUCCAAAGGUUACACUCUUGUAAACUUCGCAUGGGGAAUCUACAACUCUCAAAACAUCACAAACAUCGCUGGUGAUGAAAGCAACACAUACAAGUCCAUCAGAGUGGAUCUGCUGCAACCGCUGGUGGUGCCAAUUGCCAAGCGUCUAAGAGGCGCGACGCCUAUUUACAAAUGUCCAUUCUAUAUUGGACUGGAUGUAGUGUUUGUCUUGGACAGUUCAGCCAACAUGGGCAGCGCGAACUGGACCAAGUUGAAGCAGUUCGUGGCCGAUGUGGUCAGUCAGGUCACUAUCGGCCCCAAUGACUUCAGUGUGGGUCUUUUGACGUACGGCGAUGCUCCUCAGAAAGCUUUUGACCUGAAUACGUAUUCUGAUGCUACAUUGAUUUCUCAGGCUGUGAACGGACUGGCUUUCAAAAGCGGUGCCACUGUCACACACAAGGCACUGAGUGCUGUUGUAGAGUUGAAUCUCUUUAGUUCAAAUGUAGGAGGAAGAUCGAACGCCGCUGAUGUCGUUGUCUUGGUUACCAAUGGACGAUCUAGCUCUCAGAGUGAUGCGGUGAAGUCUGCUGAUGUAUUAAAGAAACAAGGCGUGAAAAUCAUCACCCUGGGGGUCGGCGGCAAAGCUUUAUUUGACGAGAUGAACGCUCUGGCAUCUACUGCUGACGUCAUUUUGGUGGAUUCCUUCGACCUAGCCUGGUACACAGAGAGUUACCUGGUCGAGAGAGUGUGUAAAGUUGAUCAACCUCAGCCCCUGACUUGCCCAGCCAACAACCUCAUCGACACGGUAUUUGUGCUCGAGAACUUUUACAACCCAGCAGCCGACAAGUGGAACAGGCAGGUGCAGUUUGUUGUUGACGUCAUAGGUAGGUUUAAGCUGGGUGUGGGCAAUGCCAGGUUUGGUGUGGUCACCUACAGCAACUAUGUCGCCAAUCUACUGGACCUGUGGGGCCAGACAGACAUGGCCAGCAUCAACCAGACUAUAAAAGCCAGGACAGAUCUCAAUCUAAAGGACUACACGGAUAAAGCGUUCAGCGCAAUAAAAAACUCGAACAUGUUUGGCUCCACUGUGGCCAACAGGGAGAAGGCACGGCGUAACCUAGUCCUUGUCACAGAUGGAAAAUCAUACGCCUUACAGCUAACUGUGAAUCUGGCCGAUUCGCUAAAGAAAAGCGGCAUACGCAUACUCUCAGUGUGUUUGGGCACUACCUGUCCAUAUGUAGAGAUGAGCAAGAUCAGCUCCUCUUACGCAGAUAUACUUCUAGUCAGCUACUUCGAACAGCUGGUUGGCGUGCGCAACGAUCUGGUGGACAAACUGUGCACAGCAAGUCUUCUCCCUCUGAGGUGUCCUAGACAGCAACAGGUGGAUGUAAUCUUUAUCCUGAACUAUUCGGACAACGGCGGCGACAAAGUCAACAAGAUUAUCCAGCUGGUUGUGAACACCACCAGUAAAUUUUAUCUCGGCCCCAACGAUGCCAGGUUUGGAGUCGUCUCCAACCAACAAAAUGUUUACAAGCUGGUAGACUUCAGAAACUACACAGACUCUGCUGCAAUUGAAAAAGAUUUAAAGGGAAACCCCUAUUUAAAGGCUGGAGAUUUAUUGGAUAAACCUUUGAAUGCGGUCGGCCAGUGGCAAAUGUUUGGCGAUAAACUGGCUAACAGACAAGGGGCGAAGAAGUUUCUUGUGGUCAUCACAGAUAAGAAAUCUGCAUCUCUGAGUGAUACUCUGAAAGCAGCUGAUGUAAUAAAGAAACAGAAUGUCAGUAUUCUGACCGUGGGUGUAGGUGAUGGCGUGCUGACCUCAGAGCUCAACGCUAUAGCCUCGAGUGUCGAUGACGUCAUCGUGUCAAGCACAGUCGACAUGCUGUCAAACCUGAAGAACAAACUGGUCAACAGGCUUUGUAAAGUAUCCACAGCAGAAACUGGGAAGAAGGCUGAUGUGAUUCUAGUGACCGACUCAUCUGGAAAUGUGAACGGAGCAGCUUACCUGUGGCAGCAGGGAAUAUUAGCUUUACUGACACAGAACUUCACUCUCGGACCAAACGACUUCCGGUUUGGUGCUGUUUCCUUCAGUGACGACGCUCGCAAAGAAUUUGAUCUGAAUACCUAUUCAAAUAAUAGUUUACUGUACCAGGCCAUCCGUGAAAUUAUGCUCAUACAUUCCGGCUCCUACUUGGCCAAAGCCUACGACCUGAUCGUGAAAGAGGACAUGUUCAGCUCAGCUAGAGGCGGUAGGGACUUCACCAACAAGUUUGUGGUGACAAUUACAGGUGGACAAGUGCAAGACCCGGAUGCUGCCGCUCAAUCAGCAAAUAUCCUGAGGUCCAAAGGCUACACACUUGUGAACUUCGCUUGGGGAAUCUACAACUCUCAAAACAUCACAAACAUCGCUGGUGAUGAAAGCAACACAUACAAGUCCAUCAGAGUGGAUCUGCUGCAACCGCUGGUGGUGCCGAUGGCCAAGCGUCUAAGAGGCGCGACGCCUAUUUACAAAUGUCCCUUCAAUGUUGGACUGGAUGUAGUGUUUAUCUUGGACAGUUCAGCCAAUAUGGGCAGCGCGAACUGGACCAAGUUGAAGCAGUUCGUGGCCGAUGUGGUCAGUCAGGUCACUAUCGGCCCGAAUGACUUCAGCGUGGGUCUUUUGACGUACGGGGACGCUCCCCAGAAAGCUUUUGACCUGAAUACAUAUUCAGACGCUUCAUUGAUUUCGCAGGCUGUGAACGGACUGGCUUUCAAAAGUGGCGCCACUGUUACACACAAGGCAUUGAGUGCUGUUGUAGAUUUGAACCUCUUCAGUUCAAAUGUAGGGGGUAGAUCGAACGCCGCUGAUGUCGUUGUCUUGGUAACCAAUGGACGAUCUAGCUCUCAGAGUGAUGCGGUGAAGUCUGCUGAUGUAUUCAAGAAACAAGGCGUGAAAAUCAUCACCCUGGGGGUCGGCGGCAAAACUUUAUUUGACGAGAUGAAUGCUCUGGCAUCUACUGCUGAUGACGUCAUUUUGGUGGAUUCCUUCGACCUAGCCACUUCCUGGUACACAGAGAGUUACCUGGUCGAGAGAGUGUGUAAAGCCUCUACUGCUGUCAAGUAA